AUGGAUGGGAGAGUCCAACCCCUGAAACUACUAACUGAGGAGUCUAUGAAAAAGUUACUCAACAGAAGAUGGACACUGCCAACCCCUGAAACUAAAAUUCAUCAAGUAAUUCACACACAUAGAUUGGAUGGUAGUAAUUUCUUCCAAUUGAACACCAAUCCAGAUUUUGAACAAAGGAAGAGCUUUUAUGUCGUGCGGGAUGAUUUGUUGCAUCCGCUAAUUAAUGGCAAUAAAGCAAGAAAAUUGGAUGGAUUGCUUCCCUUGCUUCAAGAUCAUUCAGUCACUGAUGUGGUUACCUGUGGAGGUUGUCAGAGUGCUCACACAGCUGCUAUUGCUGUUCUGUGUGCUGAGAGAGGAAUUACGUCACAUCUGCUUCUACGAGGAGAGCAGCCUGAAAUCUUGACUGGCUAUAACUUGAUGUCUACAAUAUAUGGAAAUGUCACAUAUGUUCCGCGAACUAUGUAUGCCAACAGGGAAGAAAUGCUAAAGAACUAUGCUAGGUCAGUGGCCGGAAACAGUGGUGCUUUCCUGUGGUUCAGUGAUAUCAUUCAAGCUUCUUCAACAGGCGAAUUGUCUACUUCUCAAAAUUUUACGAAAAUGGACGCAAGUAGAAGUGAGAGAAACCAUCUUCAAAAGAUUUUAGUUGUCAACGAAGGGGCUGGUGAUUCUGUUGCUCUACUAGGUAUUAUUCGGUUAGUGCAAUACUUAUCACAAAAUCAUUUACUUGGGAAACAAAGAGCCACAAACUUUGUCGUUGAUGCUGGUACUGGCACAACAGCUAUUGGUAUAGGACUUGCAGCCAUUUUCUUUGGACUUCCGUGGGAGGUACACGCGGUUAUGCUGGCAGAUAAAAUUGAUGGGUACCGAAAGCAGGAAAAGCACUUGAUUGUUGAAUUCAGUAAGCAUUUCAAUGUUGAGUUUCUUGACCACGACGUAAACAAAGAAGAUGCUCGGAUUGUGCAUUGGGUGGAACGUGACCGUCCAAGAAAGUUCGGUAAUAUUUUGGACGGCGAAAUGGUAGUAUGUCAGCAAAUUGCGCAGCAAACUGGGAUUCUAGUGGAUCCUGUUUACACAUUAGCUGCUUGGGAAAAGGCAAUGCUUCUCUCUAGCAAAGAGGAUGAAGAAGGAGCAGAAGUGGUGAUGCUUCAUACUGGAGGCACGUUAGGCAUGUUUGGGUUGGCGCAGAGGUACAAAAAAUAUUUUGGCAUGCUCAAAAAGUGA